GAAUCCUGAUAAAUUUAGGAAGGUUGAUUCGUAGGAAAUAUCGUGCUGUGCAAUGAUGGGGUUUGCGCAAAAAUAUAAGCCGAGGCAAAAAUUGCUGGGCAGAAUUGACCAACACGUGAUUUAUGUAUUUAUUUAUUUUAUCUAUCUUGUGGGGGCGAAUCAUAAUUCAGUGGAAACUAGAAAGCAAGGCGGCGGUCUAGUCGACGGAGUGCAGGAGGAUCCGCCAUAGCUAGGGUUCUUGGGAAUCUUGGCGACCCAUUUAGCAGAGGUGGAUUGAAAUGGAGACUUCUCUUAGAUUCGGCGGGGACUCUAAAACUCUGAGAAUCCAUGCCAAGGAAAAGCUCCCCAUUGAUCCCAAAACUCACUUGGAGGUUCAUGGAGAGUUUGAUAUAGGAGUUGGAGCUCCAAGUUAUUUUUGUGCAGCUAUAAGACACUCCUACCAUGAUCUAUCUGCCAGCCUUGGCAUAGGAUUACAUUAUGAUAAACAUGAGAAGCUCCGGUAUAGUGUACAAGGGAAAAAGGCAUUUGCUGCGUCAAGUGAUGGCUCUUUAAAUUUUAAUAUCAAAGGGCGAUGUGAUGUUGACAAAGAACUAAGAGAGAAAAAAUCUAGAGGGGCAGCUGAAUUGAGUUGGAGCGUACUCAAUUUUCAGGAGGACCAAGAUGUGAGGUUCAAACUGGGCUAUGAAUUAUUUGACAAGGUUCCAUACUUUCAGAUUAGAGAAAGUAAUUGGACAUUCAAUGCUGAUGCUAAUGGGAGAUGGAAUUUCAGAUAUCUCUUGUGAGGAAAGUAGACCUUUUUGAUUUAUUUUUAUUUGUUGUGGCAGAGAGAUAUUUAUGUGCUGAAACAGCUCUUUGUUAUUGUAUAUUUGAUGGGCAGCAACUGAGCUGACCCUGAUUAGAUUGCAUUGGUGUUUGUUUAGGUAAUGUUUGGUUUGGAUCUUCAAAAGAGAAAAUGUUUUGUCACCUGUCCUUA